AGAAGCUAGAGGAUCAACAGGAACCACGGAAACCAUGGGAUCCGCAGGAAUCAGAAGAAUUGGAAGAAUCGGAUGAAUUAGACAAACCAUCGCAUUCUCUGCACUGUCAACAUUCAGACGAUAAUCAAGAUGAAAGAGAGGACAGUCCGGCCCCAAGUCUUAAAUCUCAAGCUUCGUAUUGGUCGCCUAGUCCGGAAAGCAACAAAUACCCACCAAAGAAUAUUGGUAACAAAGAGACUCCGCUGCAAUUCGAUACACAACUACCCCCGGUGUCAUCUCCUCGUCCCACGGAGCCCAUGAGGUUUACAAAGCCAGCCUCAGUCAAACGAGAACCGCUGUAUUUCCCAUCAAGCAACCAAGAAGAGGAAGCUCUCGAUGUUGAAGUGCCAACAGCAAUUAGUGACAUCAUUCCAUCUUUGAAUAAGUCAGCCGUUUCGACGUUUGCGACGCCGCCCUCUGCCCAGAUUGUGCCGUGCACUCUCCCAUUAUCAGAAGAAGUCCCCAGGCAGCAAGUAACGAUAAAGAAGCAGCGGGUUUACAAACCUGUUCCUCAAUUGUAUCGACCAACAAACCAACCGGUGCCGACACAUCUUAAUUGCAACGCGGCGCAAUUAGGGCAUAUAACUUCGCCCACUACUGAUAUUCAAAGUUCUAUAUCGACAACCAAUACAUCCUCCUCCAUCAUACCUUCUACUAUGCCGGGCGAAGCCUUUUCCCAAGGCGUGCCUAAUUGGAAUGCCAACCUAGCUACUUCUCCAUCUAAGGAGUCUCAUAUCAGCCACGAUGAGCUUAAUGUUCAAAAUUCCCCGCAAGCCCAAUGUCUGUCACCCGAAUACCGGCCUCAGUCACCAAUACUGAGAUCGUCGCCACCUAUUCUACCUAUUCCUCAGAGUCGGCUCACAGCCGACGCCGUACUGCCCUCGGGCACGGAUUCGCAACCCCCGUUCGUUCGUUACACAGUGACAUAUCCCAAUUACAAUGGGACAAUUAGGGAUUUUGUAACGGCUUGCAUGUAUAUCCAACUUCAGCAACGAAGGAUACGAACAUCACUUUAUGACGACUUCAUCCGAGCCUGGCAUGAAGGAUAUGUGCCGUACGUUCAGAGUUGCGACGAUACUGAUUUUCCUGUCAAACCAUUAAAUGCCAUCGAGUGGUUCAACGGAAUCGAUGAUGACCCGCUAUUUACAUCGCGAAUCAUUACAAAGCAGAAUCUUCAGUCGACACUCAAUCAUUAUCCAGAUGAGCUUCGUUCUGCUCAGAGCCUCUUAGGCCUGACACCUUCGCAAGCCCAGGAAAUAACGAGUUCUCCUGACGCUGCUCUACUUGUGGAGGGCUAUAAACCCGUCUCAAAAGGCGAGGAUGACGUCGUUAUGCAGGAGUCAAGUAGAACAAUGCACAGCAUUUCAACGCCAGCGAGUGUCGAUUCUACACAUUUAGAACCAGCUAUUUCUAUGCAGCCACCCAUGGAAAAGAGUAGAGCCAUGCCUCUGCACAAGUCCUUUGGUGAAAUAGAGAAGCGACCAGCCGCCACCAAAGUAUUAGCGCGAUCCUUUUCCGAUGUAACUCGUCAAAAGAGGAAAGCUGCUGAUGAACUCGGUGGCAAUGUACCGAAACGUCUAUCAGUUAACGCCCUUCCACGUUCUGAGGCGGAAAACGGUACCGGCCUCGACCCUGACAUUCCCAGCAGUACGAUGCAAUCUUCUAUCCCGCCGAGCUCUAUUGCGCCAAGCUCUACGGCAGGCAGUAGAAAUAGUAAGAAGAAAUACAUGGACGAUUUGAAGUUUAAGAUGUCCAUAGAACGAUGGAGGAAGAAACGAGGAAAGCAGAUUCCAAGCUCGGCGCCUGUGAGCAAUACCCCGACAUCUGCUCAGAGAGAAUGAGAGACAUUGUAAAGAGAUAUGUGUACUGUCGGGUUGGUUGGUGGUGCUUUGGGAGCAACUGGUGCAUGUUAUACGGCUAAGAUACCCCUUUCUACUAUUGCUGAUACUAGCAAAUGCAAAACUCAUAUGAACAAGACUUGCGAAGACUCUUGAUGCCAGAC